CACGCGAAGAAGAGUAGUUGAGUAGUGUUGUUGUUAGUGUAAAAAUGGCGUCGUCCAUGGGCGGAAUGUUCACUGGUCAGCAGCCUUCUGGAUCUCAUCCGCCUACAGGUCCUGGCGGUCCAGGUCAACCCGGGCUUCUAACAGGCCCUCCCGGUAAUAGAGGGGCAAAUAACACUUUAGUAGAUGAACUGGAAGCUUCUUUCGAGGCGUGUUUUGCAUCUCUUGUCAGUCAAGACUAUGUGAAUGGGACCGACCAGGAAGAAAUUCGGACUGGGGUUGAUCAGUGUAUACAGAAGUUUCUGGAUGUGGCCAGACAGACUGAAUGUUUCUUCCUUCAGAAGAGACUGCAGCUGUCUGUACAAAAACCAGAACAGGUGGAAAAAGAGGAUGCAUCAGAACUGAAGAAUGAACUCCAGAGGAAGGAGAUGCUGAUUCAGAAACACCUCGCUAAGAUCCAUCAUUGGCAGCAGGUGCUGGAGGACAUCAACGUCCAGCACAAGAAGCCCACAGAACUGCCACAGGGUCCACUGGCCUUCCUGGAGCAGGCCUCAGCAAACCUCCCCGCUCCCAUGAAACCAAACUGAUGCAUGUACAGAGAUCCAGAACCCUUUUCAGACUGUGUUCCAGGGGCCACUUCUCUCUCCACACAGAAAACUGGACAAUAAGGCCUAGUUGUAGACUCUGUUAGAGAUGUGUGACGUGAAAACAUAUUUCAAGAGCUACUAAAGGACGUUUAGUCAUGAGGGGCUUGUAGGUUUGCCAGAAGGUGGUCAUUUUGAAGAACACAAGCAUCUUAAACAUUUAAUCAUAAGCAUACUUAAAAUUAACUUGACAUCAAAUUAAUUCUUAAGUACAGGUGUUGUGUAGAGGAACUACAAUGACGAGAAAGGGCUUUAGUUAGAGAGAAUCAAGUGGUCUAAAAGUGUUUUUUUCCCCACAUUGUUCUUAUUUUAUUAAAACACUUUUUGUACAGGUUAAAAUAAACAUGUUUUGUCAGCCAGAA